AUGGACAUUCACAGAGCACUCACCGCCCUUUUCUCGAAUCAGGCGGCGGUUCAACCGUUGCUCGGCUCACUUGGUUUCCCAUUCAGCCACCAUCAUACCGAUUCGACAGGAUCCAACAUACUGUCGACCGCGUUGGCAGCGGCGGCCGCGGCACAAUCCGUGGCCGCCGCCUCAAAAAAGUUGGAUUCCCCGUUGGGAAUUGUGCCGUUCGAUUCGGCAGGACUGCCAACGUCCACAAUGUUGACGCCGACUAAGAAGAUAAAGUUGGAGGAUGAUAUCAUGUGUAGUAGCCCCGUUUCGAGCAGAUCCAGCACUGUAAGUAGCUCACAUUUCUCAAGCCCACAACGGUCGCCAUCGCGGAAGGCUUCUUGUCCAAUUCCAGAGGAAAAGAAGGACUCCGCCUACUUCGAACGUCGCCGUAAAAACAACGACGCUGCGAAACGUUCCCGUGAUGCACGUCGUCAAAAAGAGGAGGCGAUAGCGUCGAAAGCUCAGAGACUCGAACAAGAGAAUAUGGCACUCCGUGGUCAAAUACAGCUACUCCAGCAAGAGUCCACCAAACUUCGAUUCCUUCUCUUCUCCAAACCGUCACCAACGAAUUCGGAGACAUCGUGCGCUGAUUCUACAGUAUCUCACGAUUCACACGAUUCUCAUGACUCCCACGAUUCCCAAGAUACCCACGAUUCCCAUGAUUCUCACGAUUGUGAGAAUAAUCAUGAAGAAAGUCCUUCAAAAAAUGAUACUACUAUCGAAAUUUAG